AUGGUUCGUUUCUGGACACCAGCAGAGACUGCAAGGAGAAUGGCGAGUUGGGGACCCCAGAGGGUACUUGCCUGCGGAACAUUGAUGCGCUGGGCGGCUAUGCCACGAUCUUGGGGAAGGACUCCCCGAAGGGCGACGUGUGGGAGUGCCUUGCGGAGUAUGACGACAAAAACAUAG